AUGGCUAGUGACCCAACAUCGCCAAAAAUGUCUUCUGAAGACAUUCACAAAGAGAAUUUAAGGAAUUUAAUUGGUGACAAAAAGGGAGGAGCAAGAUCAAACAACAUUGCUCCUCCUCCAUCCUACUCCUCUGAGGGUUCUGGAUACAGUAGUAAUGUUGGCAUGUCUGCUGAAAUGUAUGAACAAGAGAUUCAACAAAGAUUGGAUGAAUGGGAAUCAAAAUAUAACAAUACUGAACGAACAGGCAAGAUGUUGGAAACACUUCGAGAAACUCAUGGCAAAGGUGUUGACACCUUGAUGAAAUUGGGUUCACAAACUGAACAACUUAAUAAUAUUUCUAAAUUGUCUGCUGAACAAGAAGAACAAGUUAAAGGAUUAGGAAAAUAUAAAAGAUUUAAUAAAUAUAUGCUUAGAGGAAAAAAGAAACAAAAAGAAAAAGAACCAAAACCAAAAGAAAUUCAUCAUGAAGUAAAUUAUGUUAAAUCAAGACAUGAUGCAAAUGGAAAAAUCUAUCAAAAAAGAGAAAAUGAUAAAUUAAAUCAUGAUGCAUCUGUCAAUGGAUCUUAUGUAUAUUCACCAACAACAUCAUCAGUUUCAAAUGGAAUGGUACCAGUUGGAGACUCACCACAACAACAACCAAGAGUAAAGAAAGAAAUCAAUGAUGAAGAAGGUGGCGGAUUAUCAAAGAAAAUGUGGAAUAGAUAUGGUAGUGAAACAGAGAAAUCGAUGGCCAAUGCCAAGGAAAUUUCAAUGGUCACUGAAUAUGAUAUUGCAGACAAUGAAUUUAUUAAAAGAGCCGAGUGGAUCAAACGAGAGGAUGAACAUUUGGAGGAAAUGGGGUUCAUUCUCCAGGAUCUGAAAAAUAUUGCCAUUUCUACGCACAGUGAAGUGCAAGGUCAAGGUAGAAAGAUGGACGAGAUCAUUGGUAGUGUCGACAGAGGUAGCGACUUUUCACUCAAGAGAAAAUCACCUAAAAAGGCAGAAAAGGAAAGAAAAAAGGCAGAGAAACUAGAGGAAAAGAAGAAAAAGGAAGAGGAAAAGACCAAACGUGAAUCUGAUAAAAAAAUGGAAAAGGAAUUGGGUAAAGGUAGUAAUGGAAAGGCAUUAUACAAGAGUAAAUAUGAUGAUCAAUUACGUGAAGUACCAAAUACUCAAUCAGUUGAUCAAUCUAAAUCUGGUAAUCCUUUUCUCUAA